AUGUCUCGUCGAGCGUGGCGAGCCGCGAGCCAACGCGACAAAGACAGGGGAGCAACCGGGGAAGCCAUCCGCGAGAUUGACGGGGCGCAGGACGUCGAUGGCAGCGUGGGCCCCGGUCUGAUUGAUGCAUCGAAUGCCAUCCGGCCUGGCGAAUGGCGGGCGAAUGGCGAGGCGAAUGGCGAGGCGAAUGGCGAGGCGAAUGGCGAGGCGAAUGGCGAGGCGAAUGGCGAGGCGACUGUAGGGAGGGCAAUGGCAGUGAAUGGCAGGGGCAGGUCAUAG